CCCGCAGCCUCGGGUCUCCGCCGCCACGGAGCCCGGAGCGAGGCUGCUGCUGAGGGCGUGUGAAUCAGCAACCGGGGGACGGUCGUCCCGGAGCUCGGGGGGAUCAUGUCCUGCACGAACAGCCCCGAGGCGGUGAAGAAGCUGCUGGAGAACAUGCAGAGCGACCUGCGGGCCCUGUCCCUGGAGUGCAAAAAGAAAUUCCCACCUGUCAAGGAGGCUGCUGAAUCAGGAAUAAUCAAAGUUAAAACGAUAGCUGCACGAAGCACUGAAAUUUUGACAGCCUUAAAAGAGAACAGCUCAGAGGUUGUUCAGCCUUUCCUGAUGGGAUGUGGAACCAAGGAACCAAAGAUCACUCAGCUGUGUCUAGCAGCCAUUCAGAGGCUUAUGUCACAUGAAGUUGUUUCUGAGACUGCAGCAGGGAACAUCAUUAACAUGCUUUGGCAGCUGAUGGAAAAUAGCCUUGAAGAACUAAAGCUACUUCAAACAGUUCUUGUUCUUUUAACAACCAAUACUGUGGUUCAUGAUGAAGCGCUCUCUAAGGCAAUUGUUCUUUGUUUUCGGCUGCACUUUACAAAAGAUAAUAUUACAAAUAAUACAGCUGCUGCUACUGUACGACAAGUUGUUACUGUUGUAUUCGAGAGGAUGGUUGCUGAGGAUGAACGACAUAAAGAUGUUGUGGAGCAGCCAGUCCUGGUUCAAGGAAACAGUAAUAGGCGUUCUGUGAGUACUCUGAAGCCCUGUGCAAAAGAUGCAUACAUGCUCUUUCAGGAUCUAUGUCAGUUGGUUAAUGCUGAUGCUCCAUAUUGGCUAGUAGGAAUGACAGAAAUGACUCGAACUUUUGGCCUUGAACUACUAGAGUCAGUCUUGAAUGAUUUUCCCCAGGUGUUUUUACAACACCAGGAAUUUAGUUUCCUUCUUAAAGAAAGGGUAUGUCCACUUGUGAUAAAGCUCUUCUCUCCAAAUAUUAAGUUCAGACAAGGUUCCUGUACUUCAUCUUCCCCUGCACCAGUUGAAAAACCAUAUUUUCCCAUUUGUAUGCGUCUGCUGCGAGUAGUUUCAGUUCUGAUUAAGCAGUUUUAUAGUCUUUUGGUAACCGAAUGUGAGAUAUUUCUUUCACUCUUAGUGAAGUUUCUGGAUGCAGAUAAGCCCCAGUGGCUAAGAGCAGUUGCAGUGGAAUCAAUUCAUAGGCUCUGUGUGCAGCCCCAGUUGUUAAGGUCCUUUUGUCAAUCUUACGACAUGAAACAACAUUCUACUAAGGUUUUCCGAGACAUUGUGAAUGCAUUGGGAUCCUUCAUCCAGUCAUUGUUUCUCGUCCCAACGACAGGGACUCCAUCUGCUACAACAAAUCAAGCUGGAAAUAAUAAUUCUGGUGGCCCAGCCUCAGCACCAGCAAACUCAGGAAUGUUGGGAAUGGGUGGAGGUGUGACUGUGCUACCUGCUUUUGAAUAUAGAGGGACCUGGAUACCUAUCCUGACUGUCACAGUCCAAGGGAGUGCCAAAGCAACCUACCUUGAGAUGCUGGAUAAAGUGGAACCUCCAACUAUUCCUGAAGGGUAUGCCAUGUCUGUGGCAUUCCACUGUUUGCUGGACCUUGUACGUGGCAUCACUACUAUGAUUGAAGGAGAGUUAGGACAGGUGGAAACAGAGAGUCAGGCUACCACUGAAACAGCUUCUUCACCAGCACAAUCAUCAGAACAACAAGAUUUUCAAUCUGCAUCUGAUCAGAUGGAUAAGGAAACAGUUAGCAGAGCUGUGUGGGAAGAAAUGGUGAAUGCCUGCUGGUGUGGCCUUCUUGCUGCAUUGUCACUUCUUCUUGAUGCCAGCACAGAUGAAGCUGCCACUGAAAAUAUUUUAAAAGCUGAGCUGACAAUGGCUGCUCUCUGUGGGAGACUAGGCCUUGUAACUUCAAGAGACGCUUUUAUUACUGCCAUUUGCAAAGGCUCCUUGCCUCCGCAUUAUGCUCUUACAGUAUUGAACACGACAACUGCAGCUACACUUUCUAGCAAAUCAUAUUCCAUUCAGGGACAGAAUGUUCAGAUGAUCAGCCCAUCAAGUGAGUCUCAUCAGCAAGUUGUAGCAGUUGGUCAGCCUCUAGCAGUCCAGCCUCAGGGGACAGUAAUGCUGACUUCAAAAAAUAUCCAGUGUAUGAGGACUUUACUUAACUUGGCGCACUGCCAUGGAGCUGUUCUUGGGACAUCUUGGCAACUUGUCUUAGCAACUCUGCAGCAUCUUGUGUGGAUUCUGGGACUGAAACCUGGUAGUGGGGGUGCCUUAAAACCUGGGAGAGCUGUGGAAGGACCCAGUACAGUUCUAACUACAGCAGUUAUGACUGAUUUGCCUGUAAUUUCCAACAUACUUUCAAGAUUGUUUGAAAGCUCACAGUAUCUUGAUGAUGUAUCAUUACAUCAUUUAAUAAAUGCCCUUUGCUCCUUAUCUUUAGAAGCAAUGGAUAUGGCCUAUGGAAAUAAUAAGGAACCAUCUCUUUUUGCAGUUGCCAAGUUACUAGAAACAGGACUUGUUAACAUGCACAGAAUAGAAAUUUUAUGGAGACCUUUAACUGGCCAUCUUCUUGAGGUUUGUCAGCAUCCAAACUCCCGAAUGAGAGAAUGGGGAGCAGAAGCCUUAACUUCACUUAUUAAAGCAGGCUUAACAUUUAACCAUGAUCCACCACUUUCACAAAAUCAGAGGUUACAGUUGCUUUUAUUGAAUCCCUUGAAGGAGUUAUCCAGUAUUAUCCACCCUGACAUAAGACUCAAGCAGUUGGAAUGUGUAUUACAGAUUCUGCAGAGUCAGGGAGACAGUCUUGGGCCUGGAUGGCCAUUAGUGCUUGGGGUUAUGGGAGCAAUCAGAAAUGAUCAAGGAGAGUCUUUAAUAAGAACUGCAUUCCAGUGUCUUCAGUUGGUUGUGACAGAUUUUCUACCAACAAUGCCUUGCACCUGCCUGCAGAUAGUUGUAGAUGUUGCAGGUAGCUUUGGACUUCAUAAUCAAGAGCUUAAUAUUAGCUUAACAUCAAUAGGUUUACUGUGGAACAUUUCAGAUUAUUUUUUCCAAAGAGGUGAAACUAUUGAAAAAGAAUUGAACAGAGAAGAGGCAGCACAGCAGAAGCAAGCAGAAGAGAAAGGAGUAGUAUUAAACCGUCCCUUCCACCCUGCGCCUCCAUUCGACUGUUUGUGGUUGUGUCUUUAUGCCAAACUUGGUGAACUAUGUGUGGAUCCACGGCCUGCUGUCAGGAAAAGUGCAGGGCAGACUCUUUUUUCUACCAUUGGGGCACAUGGAACCUUAUUGCAGCACUCAACGUGGCACACUGUUAUAUGGAAGGUUCUCUUUCAUCUACUGGACCGAGUUCGAGAAGCUUCUACCACAGCUGACAAAGAGAAAAUUGAGUCAGGCGGUGGCAACAUACUCAUUCAUCAUUCAAGAGACACAGCAGAGAAACAGUGGGCUGAGACAUGGGUAUUAACAUUGGCUGGAGUUGCAAGAAUCUUCAAUACAAGAAGAUAUUUAUUGCAACCUUUAGGAGAUUUUCCUAAAGCUUGGGAUGUUCUUCUUGAUCAUAUACAAUCAGCUGCACUCAGCAAAAAUAAUGAAGUUUCUUUGGCUGCUUUGAAAAGUUUCCAGGAAAUUUUGCAGAUUGUUUCCCCCAUGAGAGAUUCUGAUAAACCUGAGACACCACCAGCAGUUAAUGUACCUGUGCCUGUCCUUAUAGGACCAAUGUCUGCUCCUGGUCUAAGUAGGCCAUUUAUGAGAACAGAUUCCAUUGGAGAAAGACUUGCACGAUACCCUGGAUCUGAGCCAUCUAUAGUUACAGAUGAGAUUGAAGAUUUGAAUCUCUGGUGGGCUGCAUGGAAUACCUGGUAUAGAAUUGGAUCAGAAAGUACUAAGCCACCUCUUACUUGUGAUAAACUAACUUUUAUUCCCAGCCAGCCUUUUCUUACAGCUUUAAUUCAGAUAUUCCCAGCUCUCUACCAACAUAUAAAAACUGGCUUCAGCAUGGAUGAUCUUCAGAAGUUGGGUAUCAUCUUACACAGUGCUGUCUCUGUCCCUAUCAGUUCAGAUGCCUCUCCUUUCAUCCUUCCAUCAUACACUGAAGCAGUUUUGACAAGUUUACAGGAAGCAGUGCUUACAGCUCUAGAUGUUCUCCAAAAGGCUAUCUGUAUAGGUCCAGAAAACAUGCAAAUAAUGUAUCCUGCAAUAUUUGACCAGUUACUGGCAUUUGUAGAGUUUUCUUGUAAACCUCCACAGUAUGGACAGCUGGAAACAAAGCACAUUGCGAAUGCAAAAUAUAAUCAGGCAGAAUGGGUAGCCUUGAAUUAUGUACCAUUUGCAGAGAGAUCUUUAGAAGUGGUGGUGGAUUUAUACCAAAAAACAGCUUGUCACAAAGCUGUAGUGAAUGAGAAAGUGCUUCAGAAUGUUAUAAAGACUCUUAGGAUACCUCUUAGUUUGAAGUAUGCCUGCCCUUCUGAAACCACCUGGAAGUUGGCAGUAUCUUCUCUGCUCAAAGUUCUGUCUAUUGGACUGCCUGUUGCAAGACAGCAUGCUUCUUCUGGGAAAUUUGACAGUAUGUGGCCAGAACUAGCCAGCACAUUUGAAGACUUUUUAUUCACUAAAAGUAUACCUCCAGAUAAUCUUUCUAUUCAAGAAUUUCAAAGAAAUGAAAAUAUUGAUGUUGAGGUGGUUCAACUCAUCAGCACAGAGAUACUGCCAUAUGCUAAUUUUAUUCCCAAGGAUUUUGUUGGCCAGAUAAUGACUAUGCUUAAUAAGGGCUCCAUACAUUCUCAGUCAUCUUCAUUUACAGAAGCAGAAAUUGAUAUUCGAAUGAGAGAAGAAUUUUCUAAAAUGUGUUUUGAAACACUACUCCAAUUUUCCUUCAGUAACAAAGUGACGACACCUCAGGAAGGUUAUAUCUCACGAAUGGCCCUCUCAGUGCUCUUGAAGAGAUCCCAAGAUGUCCUACAUCGCUACAUAGAGGAUGAAAGACUCAGUGGCAAAUGUCCCCUUCCAAGGCAACAAGUGACAGAAAUCAUAUUUGUUUUAAAAGCAGUCAGUACCCUUAUUGAUUCACUUAAGAAAACACUACCUGAAAAUGUUGAUGGCAAUACCUGGGCACAAGUAAUUGCCUUAUACCCAACUUUAGUAGAAUGCAUAACCUGCUCGUCUCCAGAAAUCUGCUCAGCACUUAAAGAGGCUUUAAGUCCCUUUAAGGACUUCAUGCAUCCACCAGCAUCCAAGGUACAAAAUGGAGAAUCUUGACCUCAUAUUUAUAUUUGAAGGAGAAAAUAUCCCUCCCCCCAAAAAAGGAACGUUUGCUUCUGAAUGAGGAGGACUCACUUUUGCUUCUGUGAGAAGGACAUCUCUUGCAAAUGAUACUUGGCAGCUGUUAUUGGCUUCCUUUUAAUUGUACUAACAAGAGCUUGGUGAUUUAUGUAUACUACAAGCUUACACCUCAAAAAAGUUCCAAAAUGAAUAACAGUGCAAGUCUUUAAUAAAUUAAACUGAAUGGGUGGAAUCAUUUAUAAUCUAAUGUGCCUGCUACAGUAUACAGAAGUGGUGACUGAAAAGUGGGCUUAUGUACAGUUUGUGGUGUAUGUGUUAAUGAUGUAAUUUUAAAGAAGUAUUUCAAUUCAGUCCUUUAUUAGGCUGGUGUUUUGCACCCUUUUUCAAGUACAAAAUUGUACAAAAAUUUUAUGCAAGAUGGUACUGUAACAUUCCAUAUUGUCUGUAACCAGCCUUUGUAAACAAAGGGAGAUGAUAUUCUUGUGUAUACAAUAAAUGGUACAGUUCUGUAUAAAAUAGUUGCAUUUAUUAUUUAAAUUUUUUAAUAUUGACAAUGCUAAAUGCUUGAGAGGAUAUGUAUUUAUUAUGAAUACAAAAUUGUAUGCUUACAUUUUUACUUAUUUUACUUUAUUGAUUAGCAGAUAUACUCAUCACAUGAUCAUGCAAUUAGCUUUGUGCUUAUUUUGAAUGUAUUUACAAUAGUGAUUAAACAUCUAACUAGAAAGGUCAUAUGAAGACAGUGGCAAAUAGUCGAUGUUUGCUGAUUUAAAAUUUUGAAUUGUUUGAAAUAGACUAAUUUUAAUACAUUGAUAUGUUGUAGCAUUAUGACUCCAUACCUCAUGUCUUUAAUGUCUUUUGCCAAUUUGCUUUAUCUAUUCAUUUUUGUAUUUUCCUUUUGGAUUUUAAAUAGUAUUUGUACUGAUUUCUACUCACUCCCCACUAAUGACAUUUGUCACUGUCUGAAUUAUGACCUAAGCAAGUUGAUUUAAAAUAGCCUAAAAUUUUGGCUAUAUCAGAUUUUACUCAUUUCAGUUAUCUUCACUGUUUCAUUUUGUACGUUUUUUCAGUGAGGGAAAUUCUUGUGCUAACCUUUAAGCAGAAAAAUGUGUGUGUAUUAUAAAACAAGGAGAAGUGUAUUUUUGGAGAUAGUCAUGCAUUUAGAAGUAUAGUAAACUUUCUGUCAUGGAGUAAAAUGCUUAUUUGUUUCACUUUCCUAAACCUAAGUAUCAGAGAGUACUAAGUACUUUUACUUGUUUCUUAAAAAAAAAAAAAAAAUUAUGUCCUAGCCAAAUAUACUUUUUAUUUCAUGGAUUAUGGUAAUGUAGUAUUUUUUAGUUAAAAGUUUUCAUUGAUUGGAAGGGAUAAUGAUGUUUAAAGCAAUGAUUAUUUGUAAGAAAUACAAAUGGUAUUUGUGUGCUGAAAAAUCUUUACUUUUCAUAGAUUUUAUACAUUUUUGACUCACCUGAUCAAGUCAUAAAAGUAUCAAGUAUCAAAAUUGAGUAACAGAUUUCAUAGAAAUUGGGGCUGUUGUUAAUUGUGUAAUUCUAAAACUUUUCACAUUGUCAUUCUCUUAUACCAUACCUAGAGACAUGAAGAGUGUAUGUGUGUUGGGGGGGAGGGAGCAGGGGUAGGGAUGUUUCAGAAUGAUUUUUUUAAAGGAAUUAUUGAACUUUUAAAAUUUCACUUUAAAUUUGUGUAACAUGUUACAUUUCUUAAGUUCUGUGAUGUCACAUUUUUACUCGAAAGUUAAAGGAAAAAAACUAUUUAAACUGAAUGUACUUACUUUAUUCUGUCUUCAGGUAUAGUCAGUUUAAAAGUAGGAGAUCGGUAUAUUGUGUUAAUGUAAAUUAAUAACCUAUAUUUCGGCAACUUCCUGGAAAAAUUGUAUGAAUAUAAUCAUAAUAGGUAUUUGGAUAUGAUCAUGCCGAAAGUAACUCAUUUUGAAAAACAGUUCCAAAAUGGACUGACAUAUUGACUAUUCUGAGCAUUUAGCUAAUGAAUGUUGAAAUGCGCAACCUGUGAAUUUUAUUUAUAAACUAGGAUUCUACUAGACUUAACUUUGUAGGAACAUGUUGCAUAAACCCGGUUGCCUACAUUGUAAAUUUUAAGGGUGCCUGAAAUGAUCACUAAAUAUUUCUUCUAAGCACUCUCUUUUGAAAUGCACAGAACAUCAAAAGGGUUAAUACAUUAAGCUAUUAACACUUCAAUAUGAAUUCCUUCCAACAGUAACAAAUUGCUUUAAAGAAGACUGCUUUGCUGGGGCUGCCAAAAGGAAGAUGCCAAAAUCUCCCACUUUAUAACCCUGAUAUUGAGUCUUCAUUUUUAAAAUGAGGAGGGCUGGGCUACAUGAUCUCUAACAAUCUAUGAAUUUAUGAUUGUGUUUUAUGGGGAAAUAUCGCUAAAUGAUCUCUAUAAUUCAUGUGUUAAGCACAAUUUAUGAACUCUUUGAUGGUCACUUAUCAAUUUUUUCUUCAGAGUUGGUUAAGAGAAUUUUUUUUUUCUUUCUGACAUUGGAUAUUUUUCAAGAAACAGUCUAUACAGGAUAUAUUCACUUUUACCCAUCUUGUAGAUGGCUGGACAACUAUCAAACACCCUUUCUGAUAUUGCUUACAAAAGGUGAAAGAAAUUAUCAUUUGUACAGCUGAGUCUCCAUUUCCCUGCUAUUAUCAUUACUGCCAUAAAGGGAAGUAGGUAUAGGGUAAAGCACUCUCAUUUAAUUCAGAUUCUUAAAAUUUCUUAUAUUUGCUGCCAAAGGUAUAGAAUUGUACAAAAGCAAAGGCAUAGAACAGACCAUCAAAGAUGUAUGACCUGAAAAAGAUCUGGUUAUGUAGCAAGAGCUACGGCUAACAAAUCAACAGCUUGAGUGCUGCACAGAUACCACAUGAUAUUAUGAAACCUAUAAGAAGGCUUCUAGCACAUUGAGUGCAUCCCUUGUGGAAGAUUUAUAGUUGGGCAUGAACAAGAGCUCUUUAAAAUAGAUAGGCAUGGAUGGGUUGUGAGCUGCACCACAGGAAGGAGUGUCCAAAUCAGUGAGAUCACUAAUCCACUGAAGUAUUCCUUAAAAUCACUGCUAGCUUAAAAAAAAAAAAAAGAUAGCAGGAUAUGUAAGACCCUGUUAAAAA